AACAGAUCCUCCCUUAUUUUGUGGAUUUUGGUCAUGCAGAAAACUUCCGUCUUUGGUCAGAGAGAAAAGGUUUAGAGUUUCUGGAGAUAAACGGGGGACAAGAGGAGGAUUCAGCUCAGUACAGCAGAACUCACCUGGGCUCCAACCGCGCGUCUUCGGGAGUGAAUGACGCUCCGCCCAUCCUCUCAUCACCACGACGACGAUGACAAUGGAAGAGAUUAAGAAUGAAGCGGAGACGGCCUCGAUGGUUUCCAUGACGCUCUAUGCUGUGAUGUACCCUGUUUUCAAUGAGCUGGAGAGAGUGAACCUGUCUGCAGCACAGACCCUGCGGGCUGCUUUCAUAAAGGCGGAGAAGGAGAACCCUGGUCUGACGCAGGAAAUCAUCAUGAAGAUCUUAGAGAAGAAGAGCGUGGAGAUCAACUUCACUGAGUCUUUAUUACGCAUGGCUGCAGACGACGUAGAAGAGUACAUGAUCGACCGGCCGGAGCGCGAGUUUCAGGAGCUGAAUGAGAGAGCUCGAGCACUGAAGCAGAUUCUCAGCAAAAUCCCAGACGAAAUCAAUGACAGAGUGCGCUUCCUGCAGACCAUCAAAGACAUAGCGAGUGCCAUCAAAGAGCUGCUGGAUACAGUCAACAACGUCUUUAAGAAAUACCAGUAUCAGAACAGACGAGCAUUAGAGCAUCAGAAGAAAGAGUUUGUGAAAUACUCUAAAAGCUUCAGCGACACGCUGAAAACAUACUUCAAAGAUGGAAAGGCAAUAAACGUGUUCAUCAGUGCCAACCGGCUGAUCCACCAAACCAACCUGAUUCUUCAGACUUUUAAAACAGUUGCAUAAAAAUCUGCCUUUUUUUCUCCCUCUUUUCUUUUGUAACUUUAAUAUAACCUUUAUAUGAACAUGUACAAACUUUUGGACUGUGUAAUUUAUGAAUCCUGGCUAAUGGGGCAAACACUUCAGGCCUGAUCUGUUUUCCUCCUCCUCUUUCUCUCUCUCUCUCUUUUUUCCCCCUCAUCUAAUCCCUAAUUCUCUCCUGUAGCUGAGUUAAGAGGCCUGGAGUUUUUCAUGUCAUUUUAUUCUCAGCUAUUCCUCCCUUCGUUCCUCCUUUUCUCUGUAAAUACUGGACUUUUCCUGCCCCAUCUGACCGCGCUCAACUCCGCAGAGUGGACAGAUGGGUGUUGUAUAUUUAAUAAAUAUUUGGUAGCAGAAAUAUUCAAAUAAAUGCACCGCACAUGUUGGAAAGGUUUCACUGGAA